CUGCGCCCUCUCUUCCGAUAGCUGCGAUUGGUUAGGUCUGGUUUCAAUAUGGCGGCCAACGCGACCACCAACCCGUCUCAGCUCCUGCCGCUCGAGCUUGUGGAUAAGUGUAUAGGUUCACGUAUUCACAUUGUGAUGAAGAGUGAUAAAGAAAUUGUUGGCACACUCCUUGGAUUUGAUGACUUUGUCAACAUGGUGUUAGAGGAUGUUACAGAAUUUGAAAUUACACCUGAAGGAAGAAGAAUCACAAAAUUAGAUCAGAUCUUGCUAAAUGGAAAUAACAUAACAAUGUUAAAGCAUCCGCUCUUAAACUGCACUCUGAAGAGAGCACAUGGUGCUGGCUUGCCUCUUUGUUACAACUGCAUCUGUUAAUGUUCAGGUGCUUCAUUGCAAAGUAAGUCUGUAAAAGCAGCUGGAAAUGAGCACCAACCUGUAUACCUUUAUUUGGGGCUGCUGCUACACAAGAAGAAGGAGAGGAGACGGAAGCAGAAAAACUGUUCCUUGUUUAGGAAGUGAACUUUAUAGUCUAUCUACUUUUAAAAGUGUGCUAUUGUGUUUUUAAACUGAAAAUCUUCCCACCAACUGAAUGCCAAAGAAAAGAAAAUUAGUAGCAGUUUUUUAUCUAGACUUUCCUUUUUAUUGUGUUGAGUGUUCCUACAUUUCUUGGAUUCUCAUUCCUGAAACAUAUCUAAGCAUGCAUUUAUCUGGUGGUAACAGAUUCCGACUGGAGUGAGAAUUUUUUUUUUCAAUCAUGACUUGUUGGCUAAAAUACAUAUAUAAAAUGAGAACUUGUACAUCGGUAAAUGUUCUGCUCAAAUACUAAUCAGUCAUGGUAUAAAUGAUACACAAUAUAGGCUAGAAAUUUUCAGAAUAGUAGUUUAGCAAGCACAGGAAGUUUCACAACAUUUUACUAUCUUAUAAAAGCUAUAAUGUCACUCAUUUUAUCUGAUUAUUUAGCUGCUCUUUCUAAGAGUAGAAUUAGGGUGUGAUUUAGUUCAAAAUGGGUCAGUUUACCUAUAAAAGUACACGUGUUAUGUUCUAGUAUUACUUUAAAUUUUCCAUCCGUUGUAAAAAAUAUUUUCACUAAUGUUUAAUAAUAAAUAUGUUCAAAGCCA